GCGCUGCAGAGCCUCUGAUGAGGCUGCCAAAAGGCAGCCCAAACGCCUUAAAAAUGCCACCCUAACGAUGCCGAAGCAAGAACCCCACGAAAUCCUCGGCGUCCCGAAGGACGCCACCGAAGCGCAAGUCCGCAAGGCCUACUUACGAUUAGCCCUCAAGAAGCACCCGGACAAGGGCGGCGACGUCGACGAAUUUAGGAUACUGCAGGAGGCCUACGAGGCGCUGCGCGACGGCGGUGGCAGUGAGGAGGCGAAGGAAAGUUCUCCGGCCAGUUCGCCGCGGCCGGACAGGCCAACGCGAGCGCCGCCCAAGGCCAAGCCAUCGAAGCGGUUCCGCUGCGCGACCUGCGGCAAGCGCUUCUCCUCGCACCUGGCCUUGCGCGCGCACUCGGUGGAGCACAUGAAGGACGAGGACGACGACGCGGCGCGCCGCCGCGCCGAGGCGAGGGCCCGAGGAGCAGCCCCCAAAAAGGACGAGAGCGACGACGACGAGCCGGCGCCGCGGCCGCGCCGGCAGCGGCCGGGCCGCGCGACCAACGGCGGCUUCGAAGCCUUCGACCGGCGGCGUUCGGCGGAGGCGAGAGCUCGAGGUGGCGCCACGAAGAAUGAUGACGACGAGGUCUGCGCCCGCUGCGGCGCCCGGGGCCCGGGCGACGUCUGCCACGUCUGCGGGCACGGCCCGCCGCCCGACCCGGCGAAGGUCGAGCGGCGCCGCAAGGCCGAGGCGGCGCGGCGGCGCGAGGAGGCGCGCACCGCGGCGGCGGCGAAUAGGGAGAACUCGGCGGUGGUCCGCGGCCGGCGUCCUGUUAUUUUGCCGCGGCGAUGGCGUUGCGCCUCGCUGUGACUCGUCCCUCGCGUCGCGUCGCGGCGAUGGCGUGGGGCCCGAGCGCCUUUGGCCGGGGAGUCUGGUCCAGCUCGUACGCCAUCGACGCGCCGCGUCACUCAUCGUGAAUACAAACACAGGCCGCGCAGCUCCAGGAGCAGGAAGACCUCCACGCACAAUUCAACAACGACCACGACGCCGCGCGCGAGGAGGCCAUGGUCCUCGAGGCCGUCCGGCUGUCGACGCAGGACGAGGCGGCGCGGCGUGCGGCCGACGAGGCCGAGGUCGUCGAGGCCGUCCGGCAGUCCUCGCAGGACGACGCGCUGCGGCGCGCGCGCGAGGAGAACGACCGCGCGCAGCUGGACAUGGUGAUCGCGGAGACGCAGGAGGAUGAGGAGCUGGCCCGGGCGCUCGCGCAGAGCCGCGCCGCGGAGCGGGACCGCCAGGAGGCGGACGAGCUCGCGCGGGCCCUGCGGCUCUCGCGGGCGGCGGAGCGCGAGCGCAAGGAGCAGGCGGACCUGGAGGCGGCCCUGGCGCUGUCGCUCGCGGAGGGCGGAGAGGCACCGCCGGCGCCGUCGCCACGGCGGCCCGGGCUCGGGUUCCUCGCGGAGCUCGACGCCGCCGUCGACGGGCGCGUCGCGCGGCCGCGUGCUUCUGCGCCACGACGGCCUGAGUCAGAUGCCGCACAGCCGCUGCUCGAGACGCGCGUCGAGCGGCCUCAACAAUCGCUCGACGCGGCGCUCACGUCGCCGCGCGCCGCCUUUUUAGCAAGAUCAAAUGAGAGCGACGCGGCGCUCACGCCGGCGCGCGCCGCGUUCCUCCAACGGCAGCAGAGCUUCGGCGCGCGGGCCGACUUUGGCGCGUGGCAGCGGCAGGUGGCGAUGCUGCGAGAUUUGGGCUUCGCGGCGUCCGUCGCGGCGGCUUAUGCGGACGCGCGGCGGCCCGUGGAGGAGACCGUGGACCGCAUGCUGGAAGAUGGCGUGGACUUCGCCGAGGAGCCCGUCUACGCGGGGCGGGAACGGUCUUCCGUCGCGAAGCGCAUCGCGAGCGUGGGCUCGCGCGUCCUCGGCGCCGUCCGCCGCACGCUCUCGUCGCCGUCGGCGCCGGCGCCCGUCGUCGCCGUGCCCAUGGACGAAGCGGGCGACGCACCAGAAGACUGGGUGCCCGUCGUCGACGGGGCCCGGACCUACUGGAUGCACGCGGCUCUUGAGUUAUGCGCCUGGUCGGACCCGCGAAAUGACCCCGACGCCGUGCUCUUCGAUCUGCAGGACGUGCAGUGAUGUUUGUUGUUUUUUUGGUUUUAAGUUUAUUAUUAGGUUC